CCUCGUCACUCUAAAAUUUCCAAGAACUUUCUGUGACAGAAAGGCCUUUCUAUGGAGUCUCCUGUCGUCCACUUGAGCGUAUCCAGCCAUCAGGGUUCCGAUUCAGACUCUAGUCUCGAUAAUUGUGAUGAAGACGAGACGCCAGAGAGUCGAGAUUACGCCGACUCGAUGCAUGGGGUCAACGUUAACGUCAAGAAGCCGAAAGGCUUUGGAAGACGGACAAUCAUCGUUUCGUCGCUAGUGCUGUUGCUCUUGGCUGCUGUGGCAGUAGGAAUGAUGUUGCUCUUAAACUUUCAUUGGGUCGUAAAGCAUUCUGUUGAUCUGUCAGCAACUAUCACACCUCAAAAAACACGUUCUACGCAAGAGUCUCUUUCCGGGUCGACGCCAUUUGUUGUGACGUCAUCAGCAAACGUUGCGUCAUUUGAGAAUGUAGCUGCUACUGCAAUGUCAAGUGCCAGAGUGCUGACUCUCUCGCCGUUCGAUGCGUGUUGGAAUGGUGAUUCAGACUGUCCAGCUUGUCCUACUGGGCAGAGCGAAAGUUUCACAUCCCACAUCUGGCUGGGGUUCAUCCAUGAUAUUGUGGAGUCAGUGAACAGAUCACAGCACAUCAUGAGAAGCACUGACUACAAGGAUGUCAUUUUGUAUCGACCUCUGUUCUUACUACACACGGCUCUUAACUAUUUCUGUUGCCACACGUCGGAGGAGAAAGUGAAGAUUCUAGAAGUGCUAGGUAACCAGACAUGGACACCAUUGAAUAUCACAUACGACACUCCUUCAUGUAACCUUGAUCACGAUGGUGUCACAAUAUAUAUGCUAGCAUUACUGUCCAACUCAUCUCAAGACUAUUUGUUCAACUUUGUUCGACAAAUUGAAAAUUCUAUGAAGACACAAGGUAUUCCUGUUAACAAACAUCGAAAGCAACCGUUUCACGUCACUCUUUCUCUCGUCAAUCACUCGUUUCCUGUUCGUGACGUCAUAGAUCUGCUCCACCGUGGCAUUCCUGUAUUUGGAUCUGUUCUAUUUGACCAUUUCUAUUCAGAAUUUCAUAAAUUUAAACCUAAAGGUUAUUUUGUAAACAAAUAGUUUAGUACAUUAUAUUAUUUUGUCUGCACAUUAUACGGGUAACACAUUAUAUACGGGUAAUAUUACAUACGGGUUGGCUAACAAA